UGACUGAACCGUAAGAGAAAUGAUAAUUGGUUGAAAAGUAAAAUGGGAACACAAUUUAUUUCCUUCUCUUGUUGGCGGGUCGAAAUUUCCAAGAACACCAAUCAUCACUUCCAUGUUUUCUCCCCCAUCUUAAUCUGCUGCUGCCCCUUAACCUCCAUCACAAUUCUCUCUUAUACCCACAGGAAAAAACGAGUUUAACUCGUCCACUCAAAACCCAGUACUGAGUCAGUGAGUUGAGAGAGGGAGGGAGGGAGGGAGAGUUGCAACAAACAAUGGAUGAUCAGUUGGCACCAGGUUUUAGGUUCUACCCCACAGAGGAAGAAUUGGUUUCUUUCUAUCUGCGUAAUAAGCUACAAGGCACAAGAGUAGUGGAUAUCGACCGGGUUAUACCAACUCUCCAUAUUUAUGAUUACAGUCCAUGGGAUCUUCCACGAAAAAAUCCAGAAUUUGCCGGAGAGCGUUGUCAUGGAGAUCAAGAGCAAUGGUUUUUCUUUGUUCCAAGGCAAGAAAGGGUAGCCCGUGGAGGAAGACCUAACCGGCUCACGGAACAAGGAUACUGGAAAGCAACUGGCUCUCCUUGUUUUGUAUAUUCUUCACGAGAUCGUGUAAUUGGUAAGAAAAGAUCAAUGGUUUUCUAUGCAGGAAGAACUCCACAUGGAAGGAAGACUGUAUGGAAGAUGAAUGAAUAUAAAGUGCUUGAAUUUUCUGAAGCUUCCUAUUCAAAUGCUGCAAAUCCACAGUUAUGGGAAGAGCUCAGCUUAUGUCGAGUCUACAGAAAAACGAAUAGCUUGAGGGCCUUUGAAAGAAGGCCACCGCCACCAGAUGAAGUGGUUGAAGGCCACCAAUUAGUGGCGGCGCACCACCAAAAUGUGGCAACAACAUCUCAACAAAACCAUCCAGUAGCAGAUGCAACUAAUUACUCAUUUGAUAAUUCAUUAUCAGAAGUUCUCCGUAUUGCUAACGACAACUGUGAUAUGGCUGUUGACGAAAAUGAACCUGGCUCAUGGGACUUGGAAUGGUUUGAUUUUACAAACUUUUGAACAGUCGGGUUUUGCAGCAGUAUUAUAUGUACGUUGAUCCUUAAAAGGAUAUUAUGAUCCUUGCAAGAAAUGUUUUGUUGAGGAUCAAGAAUUUUUAAUAUUUUUAACAAUGAGGAGGUUAAUCUUAGCACGAGAUUCUGGCUGGUUGCGUUUUCAAGCGCGCUAUGUUUGAUGUAGAUUUUUAG